UGUAUAAAUAUUGUGUUUAAGUAAUUUGUAUUUAUUAUAAAGGGGAUACGUCUAUUCAUAUUAGCAGAUAUAUAGGAAACACUUUUAAAUUGUUUGUUAAUAAUAGGAGGCCCGGAAGAAUUGAUAGAUGCUUAUAAAUUAAUAAAAAAAUUGUGAAAAUGUCAGAAUACGAUAAAGUCAGAACUGGAAAACUUAUUUUAAAAGGCGAAAAGAUAAGAUCAAAGAAACGAAAACUGAAAAAACAAGAGAAGGAACAUGUUAAUGCUACCGAUGAUAAAGAUAUUUUAAAUCAUGGUGGAUGGUGGAAAGCCUCACAAGUAUCGGAGGUUACAGGAACAGUGGCAAUCGAGUUUGGAAAUCAUACUUAUAUGAAAGCUUUAGAUAACGGACUAUUUACAUUAGGUGCACCUCACGACGAAGGAGAAGGUCCUUCACCUGAAGAAAUUUUGACAGCGUUUCCAAUAGGCGAAACUAAAAUUGCAUUAAAAUCUGGUUAUGGAAAGUACUUGGGUGUUGAUAAAAAAGGUGUUGUUGUCGGAAGAAGCGAUGCGGUGGGUAUGAUCGAACAAUGGGAACCAAUUUUCCAGGAUAAUAAACUUGCUAUUUUAAACAGCAAUAGUUGCUUCGUCUCCCUUACAGAGGAAGAUGACAUUGUUUGUCAAACCAAGGCCGCCGGGCCUUCAGAAUUUUGUACCAUCAGAAGUAUAACUCAGAAAGCCCAAGAUCCAAAUAAAGAUGUACCAAAAGAAGAACAGGGUUCUCUGCAGGAUGUCGAAGUGAACUAUGUGAGAAAGUUCCAAAAGUUUCAAGACAAAAAGUUAAGAAUAAAUAAAGCUGAUCGUACCGAAUUAGAAAAAGCAAAAAAAGAAGGAAACUUGCACGAAACUUUACUGGACAGAAGAAGUAAAAUGAAAGCAGAUCGAUAUUGUAAAUAA